UUGUAAUCUUUGUAGUUGAGCUUAAGAUCGGCUACUCUGUUCUUGAGUCAUCAAAGUGUUUCUCUAUCGCAGGAAUUAGGGUUUUUGGUCUGCUUCGAUGGAUAUGGAUCAAGAGAUAGGUCAAAAUUCUCCUAGAUUUGAUGGUGCAUCAGUGACAAUGAGUAAUAACAAGGAGACUGAACCAGUCAUGGUUGAGAAAGACGAUUUUAGGGAAAACGGAUUCAACAGAGAUGGUGAUGGUGAUCAUGUGAAGGUCAAUGGCAAUGGAAGCUCCUUCACUCCCGGGGAAACUGAUUUGAAUCAACUCCCGGCGAUUCCGCCGGUUACUAGUGGUCAAGGCUUGCCGUUUGCACCUGUCGAUUUCCCGAGCCCCGGCGAUGUUUGGACUUGGAGAGUUGGGAGGAGAGUGACUAAUAACGGGAUCCAUAAGGAUCGGUUUCUCAUUCUCCCGGAGAGGCUUAAGAGCAAGAAUGCACCCAAAUAUUUUACUGGCAAAAACACUCUUUGGCGUUAUCUCGAAACUAAUUUCCCUGAUAUGGAUGUUAAUGCAUGUUUUGCAUCGUUUAGUUGGAAUAUCCCGGCUUUGUUUCAGCCUGCUAAUAAAGUUGAUGCUGCGUCUCUGUUUGAAGAGACAUCCAAAGAAGGAAAGAAUCAAGAUGAGGAUGUCGAGGAUGUAAAAAAAGAAGGAUCAACUUCGCGGUACAGCCAGAGGAAGAGAAAACCGGUGCAGAUACAGACUAAUGAACCUGUUGAAGAAAAGCCUAAAGCAACUCCGCGAGCUAGCAACAGGAAAAAGACAGUCAUAACAACUCCAGUCACCAAACAUAAGUCAUCUCGGGAAUCUUCCUUGAGACGCUUCACCAGACAGCAACAAGGUGAUGUGGUUGACUUGACGGAAGAAAACAAGGAAUCAGAUGCAAAUAAAGGCAGCAAGAGAAUGAAGAAACGCAGAGGUAACUAUGCAGACGAAGAAGAAGAAGCUUUGGUUCCUCAUAUUUAUGUUUCUCCUAUGAACGGUGUCCUUUCGGUCUCCCACCCUCCUGUGGAUAUAAACCCAGAAGAGUUUGACAGUUAUUUGAAUUCUCUAGAGAACCUUCUUCAGCAACAGCCUUCAGAAGCGGGACAGGAGUCUUCAUCAUCAUCUCUUCCCAUUAGUGCGAGCUCUCCAAUGAGAGAACACGAAUGGGCAGAAGCUCGGACAAAGCUUUCAUCGCUUCUGGAGAAGGAUUUCUCUUUUUUGUUCAUGUCUAAUGAAGCUGCGGAGAUGGCAAGCUUGGCAGCUAAACUGAGGAAAGAUCCAAGCCUUUCAGCUGGAGAAAUAGUGAGGUUGAAGCUUAUCGAAGAAAUUCCAACUUUCAGCGAAGUUUUUCAAGAGAACAAAAGCGUGAUAGAAGAAGCAGAUAGGUUCUUCUCCGCUCUCGAGCUUAACAAAUCGAAAGUCGCAUCUCUCAAGUACGAAUAUAGCGACUUAAAGGACAAGCUAGGCAAUAUCCAGAAGGAAGUCGAUACAAACACAGAGACAAUCCGUCAAAUUGACGAGCAAAUCGCUCAGCUUCAAGCUAGACGGACCGAGCUUACCCGUUGCAUUAGUAACAAAGAGAAAGAGAAGGUUGAUCUAAGCUAUGGUCAGAAAAUGGUAGCGAACUCAAUCCCUAAAGUGGUUCAAGAAGUUCAAGCAGCUAACUCGAAGAAACCCGAAUGGGAAAUGAAGAAAGAUAAUGCUCUUAAACGCGAAGCAGAGAUCCUCAAUAAAUUUGCCCCUCUCAAAGGAUUUUAUCUCUAAAACCAAUUAAAGUCAUGUUACAUUA